AUGCUGCCUGCCACCUCCAAGCUCUGCGCUGCCAUCUCCUACCGGCACCUGCGCAACAUGACCGGGCUCAGGAGACAAGCUGCUGUCACCAUCAGCCAGGAGCUGAGCAAACUCGCCUGCCGCAGCCCCGGCCCCGGCGCCUGGAUCACUCAGGUCCGCAGGAGGAGCUCUCUGCUCAGCUCAAGGCUGGAGGAGAAGCCCUUCAGCGAGAUGGAAAUGUCUUACAUCAAGCAAGGAGAGGAAGCCCUGCAGAAAUCACUCAGCAUCCUUGAAGACCUGGAGGGCUGGAAGACAGAGACAGAGGUGCGUAACGGAGACAAAGUGCUGAGCAAGGUGCUGCCAGACGUGGGCAAGGUCUUCCGGCUGGAGGUGGUGGUGGACCAGCCCCUGGACACGGUGUACAGCGAGCUGGUGGACAGGAUGGAGCAGAUGGGAGACUGGAAUCCCAAUGUCCAAGAAGUCAAGAUCCUCCAGAAGAUUGGGAAGGACACAGUCAUCACCCACGAGAAGGCAGCUGCUGCCCCAGGGAACAUCGUUGGCCCCAGGGACUUUGUCAGCGUGCGGUGUGCCCGGCGGCGCGGCUCCACCUGCGUCCUGGCUGGCAUGGCCACCAAGUACGGAGCCAUGCCCGAGCAGGAGGGCUUUGUGAGAGCUGAGAAUGGUCCUACCUGCAUGAUCCUGCGCCCGCUGCCCGGCCGCCCCUCGCAAACCAAGCUGACCUGGCUCCUCAGCAUUGACCUGAAGGGCUGGCUGCCCAAGACCAUCAUCAACCAGGUCCUCUCCCAGACGCAGGUCGACUUUGCCAACCACCUUCGGAAGCGCCUGGCGCGGGCGGUGGCAGUGAGCUGCUGA